AUGGCGGCGUCCGGGUCGUUGAUCCUGCGGGAGACGCCCAGCAUGAAAAAAGCAGUAUUGCUGAUAAAUGCAGUAGAUAUAGGAAGAUUUCCACGGUUGCUCACUCGAAUUCUUCAAAAACUUCACCUGAAGGCUGAAAGCAGUUUCAGUGAAGAAGAGGAAGAAAAACUUCAAGUUGCAUUUACUCUAGAGAAACAAGACCUUCAUUUAGUUCUUGAAACAAUAUCAUUCAUUUUAGAGCAGGCCGUGUAUCACAAUGUGAAGCCAGCAGCUUUGCAGCAACAGUUAGAGAACAUUCAUCUUAGACAAGACAAAACUGAAGCAUUUGUCAAUGCUUGGUCUACAAUGGGUCAAGAAACAGUUGAAAAAUUCAGGCAGAGGAUUUUGGCUCCACACAAGCUGGAGACCGUUGAUUGGCAACUUAACCUUCAGAUGGCACACUCUGCUCAAGCAAAACUGAAAUCUCCUCAAGCUGUGUUGCAACUAGGAGUGAGCAAUGAAGAUUCAAAGAGUCUGCAGAAAGUUCUUAUGGAAUUCAGUCACAAGGAGUUGUUUGAUUUCUAUAACAAGCUGGAGACCAUACAAACACAGCUGGAUUCCCUCACAUGA